AUGAUGAGUGGAUGGCUCAACGAGAUGAUACCGCCCAUUAUGCCAAGGUACGUUAACUAAGUUUCACUUAGGUGCCAAGGAAAAAAAUUAUUUCGAAAGAUGUUUUGUUAUGUAAAAGAUGAAGUUUAGAAAUAUGAGACAAGCAUAUUCCUGUUCAAAAUUUAUAGCCAAACUCAUGUUUCAAGUUUCUUAGCAAAUUUUUCUUAUCUCGGGUCGUUUAUUCUCGACAAUCAGAAAAUCAAUAUUUUGCCUAUGUGCCUAAAAAUAUACUAUAAAAGAUUGAGACUAAAAAGCUGAAACAUGGAUUAUAAUUAAGUUUUUAUACUUCUAAAUGCAAACUUGAGAAUCAAUUUUUCCCACCGGUUUUUGUUUUUCAUAGUUUUCACUGUGAUCACUGGAAGACCGUUUUUUUACAAUAAGACUGAUUACUUUCCAAAUAACCAUGGUCAGAGCGACGGAAAGGUCGUCUAUCACUCUUCCUCUUCAAUCUAUUCUGACAUAUUUUUCUUUUCAAGUUUAAUGAGAAAAAAAUUUCGGAUUUCUGAAACACAUUCAGCAAACAAAAUUUUGUUUUAGCGUGAGCCAAGUGGAGGGUCUCUUCAUGCCUUUCGAUCGUUUUUUUAAUUCUGGCGGUCAAUCUUUCCUGGAAGAUUUCUUUCCGGACAUGGCCGCGGGCACAAGACCUCAACGGGUAUCUAACAACUCCGGCGACGACCUUCUGGCGGCAAUCGAAGCUUCACGACGUCUUCAAGAUGACGGUUCCACUUCCGACAUCUCCACAGACAACACUUCGGAUGCCAUCACCGCCGGAGACCCUCCUUCUAUUUAUAAUCGUUAGUAUUAUUGAUAUUUUUUCCACAAAAAAAUUACUCUCUUUUGCAUAAAAAAACGGAAUUCAGAAGAGUACAAACCACGUUUUCCACCUUUUGAAAAUGCCACCAUCCGAAUCGACCCAGAAUCAAUGGAAGAACUGCGGCUUUCCUUCAAUUUCUCUCGCUCCUAUCCAUCUUCGGUUAAUUCGCAGGUUUGCCUUGCCAAUCACACCCACUUUUUUUCCUAAUAGGAGUCCGUAGAUUGUUUUUUUUUUUCAAUAAAUAAGCAGGACAACGAGAUGGCACUAUCGAAAUCAACAAUAAAUUUUUGACGAGAAGUAACAAAUAAGCAGUGUAUUUUUUGAAGGUAUGCGUAUUGGUAGAGGGCUUCAGCUUAUCGCUUAGUGCGAAUUCAAAAAGUCUUCGAAAAACAGUUUGCGCAUGCAAAGACUAUGACGAAUUGAAAAAGACUCGAAAAAUUAAUGAAAAUCGCGAAUUUCUCAGUGAAAUGGCCUUUCUAACUUUGAGCCUAAAAUCAACAGCUUUAAUAUUUCAACAAGCCAUACUGAAUGAUUGUGUUGUUUCAAGAUUUUCACAAAUGGGGAAAAUUUUCAGAGAUUUUUCUUGCCACAUCAAAGUCCACGUGAAUUCAAAUGCGGAACAGUGCCGCCGCUGGCCGAAUCGCCGACUUUUUCCACCAGAUCAGAGACGGCGAGUCCGCAAUCCCGUGCCACCCAGGCUGACGACGAAGAUCUCGAAGUUUGUUUGUCUGCACCUUUUAUCUCUAUUUUGAGGUUUUUAGUCGCGAGUCACAGCCAAAUAGUUAUUUAUUCAGCAAAGCACCAUUUCUUGUUGUUGUUCUCGCGCCAGUGUCGUUCUAGCCGCCAGAGCUGCCCAAAGUGUUUUUUGUUUUGUUUUUUGUCUUGACGGCGGCAGGCGACUGGGGUAAACAAGCGGUGCGAGUGAUGUUCAUACUGGGCUGAAUGCGAAAAACGUAAUAAAGCUGGCCUGGAGAACUGAUAAAAACGCAUCAUUGAGUUCGAAAAAACCUUUAUCAGUUUUAUUAUCAUUAGCUUUGAUGAAAGAUAAGUUAGUAUUCGAAGAAAUGAUGAAAAUAAUUUGUUCAUAAUACUGUAAGUGUAUUUUGGAUCAUUGCAAAAAAUUUAAACUUACAACUGCAGUAGUUCAAAUGACAAAUUUCUGCUCGAAAUAACUUUGAAAUUUUAAAGAUAUAUAAAUGCUCGGUGAUAUAUAUAAGAAAAAAACUCUAAAAAUAGUUUCAGCCUUUGUGCUCAAAACUUUAAAAAAAGUUUAAAAAAAUGUAGUAGUUAUCCGACUAGUGCGCCAGAUUCUGCGCUCUUGUAAAUGUUACCUUAUUUAAGAAUGAAAAGUGUAAUCGCCUCGAAAGUCCUUGCGGCGCAAAUCCCUUGUAUUUCUUUCAAAGUUUUUCACUGAAACUAAUAUUUGAAAAAUCAACAGCUUUGAAAAAAAUAAGAAUAUAAAAAAAUUAAUAAAUUAUCAUUUCUAUUAAACUUCUUGAAAGUAACAUUAAUUUGAUUAAUUUGCAGGUGGAGCUCAUAAAUCAGUCUCGUGAACACAUAAGGGUACCAGCCGAAGAUGAAAACAUCGAUUCGUUUCUCUAUGCCCACUCAAACUCCUCACAGGUUUCUUUUUCUCUAACUUAACCGAUCAAGUGUGCGGAGGCGUCUGGUCAUCUGUACGAUACUUUGACCUCAUGCAGAGCAGCGUCGUUUUUUGGCGCGCUGUGGCAAGGGUGUGAUCGAUCGAUGUCGAGGAGAAACCGCGCGCGUUUUGGGUUAUGUUGUUCUGUUUACACUGGAAGAGAGAGCGUUAGAAACCUUGUGAGCAGCCACUGUCCACAGAACGUUUCGGCUCUUUUUUUCUACGCUUUUCUCUGUUUCUCUUUUUUUCAUGGCUUCAUCACUCGCGGGGCUCGGAGAGCCUAUCAUUCUUUGCACAAAAACGCCUUUUUCUUUCCGACGCAAGGAGAAAUGUCUCUGCAAAAAGGGAACUUGUUGAGAUCGAGUUUGCGGCAAACUUGUUUCAUACCGAACGAGGUCGCGCUAUUCUCAGUAGUCUGAGCAGUGAAAUGAAAACAGUAGAAACGAUUCAUUUGGUCGCACUUUUUUGGCAAAAUACGAUAUCAUUUUUUUUUCAUCACUUAUCAAAAACAUGGUUUUCGGGACAAACAUGGUUAAGUUUCAAAAAAGACUAGAAAAAUUCACAAAAGAUUCAGAGAAUUUUUUUCCCAAAUAGGAAAAUAAGAGAAAGGUGAAAGUUUGAAAAUUAACUUUUUUAUGAUUAUGCGCCAUUCCUAUUUCAGGAAAAAUGGAUGAAGAUCAAAGUUUUUGCACAUUUUUUUAAUAUUUUGAAUAAAUUUUCUAUUUGCACCAUUGAAAUCCGAUUACGAUUGAGUAUGAAAGCUUUAGCCCUGCUUCCAAAAAAUUUCUGAUUCUUUCGGCGUGAACAUCAGCGUUAACGUAUUUGCUUACAGAUCCAAAGAAGGUGAUUUUUUCAGGGAACAACCUGUUCGGAAGCAGGAAGCAGCAACGCGACUCCAGCUGAGCAACGCGCUCGACCACCAUACGCCAAGAAGCUCUCGGCUUCGUCUCAAAAAAAUUCGGUGGAUUUGACCGCUAGUGUGGCAACACCUGUCUUUAUCUCACCGCCACUCUUCCUCCAAACCAACUUUGAGCCUUCUCAUUUCACGCCCUGUAUGUUUUUCAAUUUUUUAAAAGAUAUAAAAAGUUUUUUUCAUUCAAAAAAAGGCUUUCAGUAAGUUUUACAAUAAUCGAAAUUACCCAAAAUCCAAAAGGACCAAAACAUUUUUUUGAAAAUUUCGACAAGAUUAUUUCAGUGCUCACCCCGAACUCUAACGCUUUGCUGAAGCGGAAUCUGCGAAACGACAGAACCAGAGGAAACAUGGAAAACGACAGUCAACUUGCCACCACUGGCUUUAUUGCUGAAAACGCUCUCUUUGGUAAACAUAUUUUUGAUUUCACAAUUAACACUUUUUUUAAGCUCCUCCCACUGCUGGCUUUGAACAUUUUCUGAAUCCGACGUCUUUUCAGCAAGCUGCUCAUAGCUCCUACGGUAAUUGGAUAAAUUAAAGUAAUUAAAAUAUGACUCUUUUCAGUUUCCCCUCCAGUUUACAAUCAACCAAACGCUGGAAGCUCGUCUUUCUUGAAUAUCAGGAGCCCAACUCUUUUCGAAGGUAGAAUUAAAAAAAUAUUUUUUGAAUGAGAAUCUUUUAAGAAGAAGAUCCGCGUGACAAACAAUUCUCCGAGCUUGCCUUGGAGGUUAUUGAGAAAAUUUUGUUAGGGGAGGUAUGCUAAAACUACGCUACUUUCAAAAUCAAGAGAGUUGCAGACGAAUGAAAAAAAUGAACCGUCUCGGGAUUUUCACUCCAUCACUGGACCAGAAGAUAUGUUCGGAGCUUUGGAGCUACCGUCUUCACCCGAAGAAGAUCGUAUUCACGCCGAAAAGUCUCAGAAGCAGAAGGUUUCUGUGGACAUUCUCUUGAGCGACUCCCCUUUGCCACUGAGUCCUUCUCCAACUGAGGAAGAUUCUUGGGAAACUGCUGAUGUUGACGAUUUGACAAAGCGGGUGAGUAAAUUUUUAAUAAACCUAAAAACAUCAUUUGAAAAUUUUUCAGAUGGAGGAAAAUCUGCACAUGGCAAAAACGACGCCGAAAAAGCUCUCGGUACCAAUUCCAGAACCGGCUCCUAUGCCAAGCAACUGGGACAACCAAAGUUAUUUUCUUCGUUGCUGCUCAAACUCAUCGAUAAACUUCAGGAUUUUCGCACGUUCUGGAGGCUUACAACAUUCCGGACUACAUUAUGCAACAGGACAUUUCAAACGCCUUGCAAAUGCUCAAUUUGGGACAUUCCGAGGUGAAAUGGAUCUCGCGGAAGAUUGUCUUUGUUGUGUUCCAAAAUACUACUCUUGGUAAUUCCAACUUUUUUGACCGAAAAUCAAUUUAUUUAAUUUCAGCGACUCAAGCUCUUACAAAGAUCAAUCAUAGCUGGUUGCGUCUUCGAAAUUUGGGACAAUCGACUAAACAUGUCCAAAUUGCCGCAAUUGAAAAUCGUAUGGACAUGAAUUAUCCGUUAGUUUCAAAAAUAUCCUUGUUGAUUCAAAAUGUAUCUGUUUCAGAAUCCGACGUGUUCGUCCAAUCACCAAUGCCAGCGUCGCUCGAAGGACUAUCGAGCACUGUUUGGGCAAAAAGUCGAAUGUGAGCGCGGAGAAACGUGAAAUGGAAAAAAAGCAGCUUGCCGAGGCCAAAGGUAUGCCAUGUUCAUCUCCUCCUUUUAGAAAAUUCGUGAGCUGGGCCUAGCCUCAAAAAGUUUUGAACAAAACUUGUAAAUUUUAAAUAAGCUUUCUAAAACUAGUUUAGCAGUCUAUUCGGUAUCUAAUGAAACUAGAAAUAAUGACAUCUAAAUAGUUUACGGUUUGCUGAGUUUUAAAAUCGUCCAACUAUCAGUUGAAUAGUUCCCAAAUUUUCUGAGAACGAAAAACAUGAGAAAGUCCACGGUCUGCCUGAAAUUGAAAAGCAAAAACUUAUUAAUGAUGAAUCCUUUCAGCUCAACGGAAGAAUGCUCCGAAGAAGAGCUCUUGGGACUGA